UUUGACUAUUCGUGGGAGUCAAUACUGAAUUUUUUUGUGAUUUUGUCAACUCGUCUUUAUCCCAGAUCCAGCCAAACGGGGAAUUCCUCCUUGGAAUCAAACACUUCUGCUAGAAUUUUUCUCGGGGAUCUUGACGGGUUAAUAUCUAACGUAGAAAUUCCUCUUGGGAUCAGCCAUCCUCAAUUUUCCUUUUCAUAAUUCGAUCUCUUUAUACGCCCUUGUUAAGACUAAACUUAUUUGUUCGUUUCAGAUUUAAAUUAAAAUUUUCUGAAAAUUAUUCAAAAAUUAUUCAAAAUGUCAAUUUCUGAUGGAUCGGUUUCAAGCGGCGGUGAAUUGCCUGAUAUUGUUGAGGUGGUGGAGUCUGAUGGAACUGAUGAUGGGGAGUCUACUUAUGAAACGGAUGGUGGGGAGUCCAAUUAUGAAACUGAUAUGGUUGAUGAGUUUAAUUGUGAAACGGAUGAGGACAUUUUCAAUAAAGUGAGCGAUAUGGGACUGAAACGUGAAGAUAGUUCAGCAUCAUCUGGUGGAUCAAUUCCGAGUAUAAAGCAAAAGAAGCAAUACGUCGUUGAGGCAAUUUGCAAUAAGCGUGUGUUGCCCAAUGGCCGAGUUGAAUAUCUUUUGAAAUGGGAAGGACAUCCGGAGAGUGAAAAAUCUUGGGAGCCGGAGGAGAACUUGAAUUGCCCGGAAUUGAUUGAGAAGUUCAACUGCUUCCAGAAGCGGAUGCUUAAUGCCAAGCCUUUAGGACCUGUGAAGGAAAUUAUUGGCUCUGCGCGAAUUGACAAUGAGAUCUUUUACCUUGUUCAAUAUGCUGGGACGGACUAUUCCGAAUUUCUCCCAUCGCGAAUUGUUUCGAAACGCUGGCCAUUGUUGGUUGUCGACUUUUUUGAGAAGAGAUUUGAGGAGGAUCGCUAA